ACAUAUAUUGUUAAUUUAAAUUACAAUUUCUGUCACGGUAUUUUAACUUUAUUCACAAUCAAUGUUGCGAACUGUGACUAUUAACCUUACGAAAUGCCGGCGCGUUAAAUAUGCUGAUUCAUAUGUUAUUAUUAAUAAAUGUAGACAACUUUCAUCAGGACCCUCCCAGACAAAAUUUGUUCCACCGGCUAAACUAGUUCACGCAAUGGAGGAUAAAUCAAUUUUCCAUUUGCCCAACAACCAGAGGUUUGUCGAGUUGGACUGCUCUCAAGCUUUUACAAAUUUAACUAAAGUUGAAAAAUGUUAUGCUCACUAUUUAAGUCAGGCUGCCUGGUAUGGUGGUCUUAUUGUACUUGUUCAAACAAGUCCAGAAUCCCCAAAGAUCUUUUCACUAUUGCACAGAAUAUUCAUUGCUGAGUCUGUUGAGGAUCUGAAAAAGUCUUCUAUUGAUGCUGGAGUCUCAGAAGAUGAUUUUCAGGCAUUUUUAGUGUAUACAGGAGCAUUGUUUGCAAACAGUGGUAACUACAAAGGUUUUGGAGACACAAAGUUUAUACCAAAACUUUCAAAAGAAUCAUUUGAACUCAUUAUAAAAGCUUCUAAAGCUUAUGAAAGAGACGGAACACAUGUAACUAAAUUGUGGGAAAACACAAAAAAUUUGGUGUACAGUGUUGCACCUAGAUUAACAAGUCUUGGCUUAGCCAAUAAAGGUGUCACAACAUAUUUCUCAAGCAAUUGUACUGAAGAGGAUUCCAAUCUUGUAAAUGAUUGGAUGAAAACAAAGCGCAUUGAGGCCUAUAUAUGCCGAACUUUUAAAACCAUAGAAGGAGAUGGCUUACCCUUAUUCACAAUCCACUUGGCGAGCUUCGAAGCAAGUUCGAAACCGCCUCUCACGAUGGGCAAAGAGAAAUACAAAAACGCAUACUUUCAAGUGACGCGCGGCGACUACGCGCCCUUGCUUAGUUUGGUAAACGAAAACUUGAACAAAGCCAUAAAGCAUGCGGCGAAUGAUAACGAACGAAACAUGCUCAAACAUUAUAUCAACAGCUUUAAGGAAGGUGAUUUGAGUGAACACAAGGAGGGAAGCAGAUUUUGGAUCAAGGACAAAGGGCCGAUAAUAGAAACAUAUCAAGGAUUCAUAGAAACUUAUCGAGAUCCCAGUGGGCAGCGUGCAGAAUUCGAAGGUUUCGUGGCCGUGGUCAACAAAGAAAUGUCAAAAAAAUUCGGUUCGCUGGUCAAUGGCGCUGAAGGUUUCAUCAAACUCUUACCCUGGGGACAGGACCUGGAAAAGGAUUCCUUCCUUCGACCGGACUUCACCAGCUUAGACGUUCUUACUUUCUCCGGCAGUGGAAUUCCAGCAGGCAUCAAUAUACCCAACUACGAUGAAAUCCGUCAAAACGAAGGUUUCAAGAAUGUGUCCCUCGGUAACGUGAUCCCGGCCGCGUACAAGGAGUCCGUCAUACCCUUCCUCAGCGACUCAGACAAACAGUUACUUGAAAAAUAUCGGGUGCCAGCUUUCGAGGUACAAGUGGGUCUACACGAACUUCUUGGGCACGGCAGCGGCAAGCUUCUGCGGCAAAACGCAGAUGGCACGUUCAAUUUCGACAAAGAAAAGGUCAAGAACCCGCUCACUGGCAAGGCGAUUGAGUCGUGGUACAGUGAAGGAGAAACCUACGACAGCAAGUUCACGACCCUAGGCUCCGCUUUCGAAGAGUGUCGAGCCGAGGCGGUUGGUUUAUAUCUCUCGCUACAGCCAGAAAUAUUGAAGUUGUUCGGGUACGAGGGUGAAGAGGCGCAGAACGUCGCAUACGUGAACUGGCUCAGCCUUCUCUGGAACGGCGCCGCUAAGGCCACAGAGAUGUAUCAACCAUCCACAGAAACUUGGCUCCAGGCGCAUGCGAGGGCACGUUUUGUUUUAAUGCGGUUGGUGGAACUGGAAGGAAAUGGUUUACUCACUGUCACUGAAGUCGAACCCGGCAAAAAUCUACUGCUCACAUUGGACAAGACACGUCUUGCUACUGACGGGAAGAGGAUUAUUGGUGAUUUUCUAGUGAAGUUGCAAACCAUAAAGGCGACGGGCGACGUGGCUCAAGGCGAGCGUCUCUUCGAUACGUACAGCAAGCUCGAAGAACCGUGGAGCCGCUGGCGGGACAUCGUAAUGUUGCACAAACAGCCCCGGAACAUCUUCGUGCAACCUAACACUGUGCACAAAGGAGAUGAUGUGGAGUUAAAGAGUUAUCCAGCGAGCGCAGAAGGUAUGAUCGCUGCGUGUGUGGAACGUUUUCCCAGUACGCGAGUCGAUGAUAUACUCGAACUGCUAGCGGAGGCCGAUCACAAGUACUUCGUUGACUUAGAGCAACUUGCCGACUGAACAUCCCACCUUGGAUAGUUCCACCGCCAUUAUCAAUAUACAUAUUUUAUAUCAUGU